GUUUAAAGAAAAUGUCGUUUUAAUUUUUCUAACUGUAACUAAAUGAUGGGCUGUAAUUCUUCAAUGGAUACAAAUAGUGUUUUAGAUGAACAAAUGGGGGGUGUGGCUGGCAUGGCCCUGCCCUCCAACCAAUGGCCUUUAUCGCAAGCGAAUCCCUUAGAUGUUGUGCGUGAAUUUGUGCGGCUCGAUGAACAAAUCAGUAAGUUAGAGGCAACUUGUCCGGGUCCUCGUUUAGCCACCUGUGAGGCUUGGAUAGAACAUUUACAAAGCAAACUAAGUGAACUAUUGGGUGCUGAUACGAAACAAAUAAAGGAAUCCCUACGUAAUCGUGAACAAGCCCAUGAAACAUUUACCACAACUUCCUCCACAUCGGCUUUGUCACAACACCAGCCAUCAUUACCCUCACAGGUAAUUGACCAAGGGGUCCUACACAUUGAUGGCUAUACGGCGGAACAUCCAUUUCCAUAUAAUAACAAUAAAGCUGUAGCGUACGGUGGUGUCGGUGGUGCAGCCGCCAGUCACAGCAGUAGUAAUGGCAAAACUAGCAUUCAAAAUGGUGUACUUCCGGUAGCUGCAAACUCAAUGUCCGCAAAUCAUCAACACCAUAAUCACCUUAUGAAUAGUGGUACUGUUGGUGGUGGCGUUGUCGCUGGCGAUAAUGGCAUUACUCGUUUAUUGCCAACUAAUGAUAUUGUGGCUAAAACACCUACACAGGAUUUGGUUAAACUAGCAUUAAAUUUAGGCAUUAUAGGAGAUGUACAAAAGGCUUCCACACAUGAAGAUUUCUUUGCACAAUUAAGCGAAUCGGCGUUACAUUUGAUGACAAUACGUUGCUACAAUGAAAUUUUGGAACACACGAAAAUAAGGCUGAAAUCAUUGUUGGACAGUUAUGCUGAACUCAAUGAGCUGUAUGUGAAUCAUGAUGGUAUAAUUGCUUUUAUAAGUGGCGGCACUUAUAUGAGUCGCUUGGAAGAAAGUUUAGAUUCUCAAUUGGAAGUGGCCCGCGAUGUUAGAGACAAAUUAGGCAGCACUUUAGAGCAAUGGCGUAUCUGUGGUCUUUUGCUACGAGCCAGUGCCAAUUCAGCUACACAAAGUCUCAAGCAAUGGCGCAAGGUUAAAUCUAUUGUAAAUCCCAAAGAAAAACUUGAAACUGCUUCAGCUUGUCGCAAAGAUUUACACGCAUCUCUGGUGUCUUUGGAAUGUGCUCAGUUAUCGCUGCCUCAUGUGGAAAUAAAAUACUUAAGUAAUCGUCAAAUUCUAGCUGUUAAACACUGUAAUACUUACAUGAUAACCGAUAUAUCCAAUGUGGCUAGAUAUGAACACACCUCUAAGGUGUUUGUAGCAUAUGAAUCGAAUAUUUCGAAAGCUUCUGCUUGGUUGUAUGAAACAUUUAACAAGACCUUAAGACACGAUUUCGAUAGAGCUGAAGAAACGGUAAGAAAUUUAGCAAAAACACUGAGAGAUCACCGUGAGGAAAUAUUUACUGCGGCUCGUAGAUAG